AUGAUCACAGUCCCUUCAUCAAUGAUCACAGUCUCUUCAUCAAUAAUCUGUCUCUUCAUCAAUAAUCUCAGUCUCUUCAUCAAUGAUCACAGUCUCUUCAUCAAUAAUCACAGUCUCUUCAUCAAUAAUCACAGUCUCUUCAUCAAUGAUCAGUCUCUUCAUCAAUAAUCACAGUCUCUUCAUCAAUAAUCACAGUCUCUUCAUCAAUAAUCACAGUCUCUUCAUCAAUGAGUUCAGCUGAUGUAUUUGUGUUCUCUCUCUCUCCCCCCAGAAUCCGGGUGUACAGGACUUCCCCAAUCCACAAGGGUAUGCAUUCGACACCAAGGCCUACAAGCGCAUGCCCCUCUUGGACCAGGACAUGGCCGUGCAGGCCUUCAAACAGGCUGUCUCACGACACGUAGACCGGUAACACUGCACCGCGGUCACCUGACUGAACCCAACGCCCUGAAGAACUGGCCAUGCUUUACUGUCUAUAAAACCAAUGCCCCUCUGGACACACUUUACUUACUCUAAAACGGUCCCCUCUCAACUAAGAAACAUAUUAUUUCCUACUGUUGUAGAAUCUGCCAAUCUCAUCUCUCUCACUCUCAACUAUUGGUUUAUAAACAUCACAUCCCAGUGAGUAGCUAGCUAGCUAACGGUAGCAUAAACUUCACAUCCCAGAGAGUAGCUAGCUAGCAAACGGUAGCAUAAACAUCACAUCCCAGUGAGUAGCUAGCUAGCUAACAGUAGAAUAAACAUCACAUCCCAGUGAGUAGCUAGCUAACGGUAGAAUAAACAUCACAUCCCAGGAAGUAGCUAGCUAGCUAGCUAACGGUAGAACAAACAUCACAUCCCAGUGAGUAGCUAGCUAGCUAGCUAACGGUAGAACAAACAUCCCAUCCCAGUGAGUAGCUAGCUAACGGUAGAACAAACAUCACAUCCCAGUGAGUAGCUAGCUAACGGUAGAAUAAACAUCACAUCCCAGGAAGUAGCUAGCUAGCUAACGGUAGAACAAACAUCCCAUCCCAGUGAGUAGCUAGCUAACGGUAGAAUAAACAUCACAUCCCAGUGAGUAGCUAGCUAACGGUAGAACAAACAUCACAUCCCAGUGAGUAGCUAGCUAACGGUAGAAUAAACAUCACAUCCCAGGAAGUAGCUAGCUAGCUAACGGUAGAACAAACAUCACAUCCCAGUGAGUAGCUAGCUAACGGUAGAACAAACAUCACAUCCCAGUGAGUAGCUAGCUAACGGUAGAAUAAACAUCACAUCCCAGGAAGUAGCUAGCUAGCUAACGGUAGAAUAAACAUCACAUCCCAGGAAGUAGCUAGCUAACAGUAGAAUAAACAUCACAUCCCAGUGAGUAGCUAGCUAACGGUAGAACAAACAUCACAUCCCAGGAAGUAGCUAGCUAGCUAACGGUAGAAUAAACAUCACAUCCCAGUGAGUAGCUAGUUAGCUAACAGUAGAAUAAACAUCACAUCUCAGGAAGUAGCUAGCUAGCUAACGGUAGAAUAAACAUAAUGAGCGUCAGGUAGUAGCUAUCUAGCUAACGGUAGCAGCAUGAGGGACAGGAAGUAGUUAUUUCCUACUGGUGUAGAAUCUGCCAAUCUCAUCUCUCAUCUCUCCCCUAUUGGUUCACACCUGAUUUGACUUGUGGAUCCUCUAACACUGUGUCUGUAUUCACAGUGUUCUCCCCUUUCCAUUGAUAUUAAUAUCCUCCAUUCUUAUCCUCUUAUGGGCCAACAGGCUAAUACUCUGACUCUAUAAUAUAGGUUCUACUGUAUAUAAAAACAACAAGGCUCUGGGUGCAACGGGUAAAUUAUCUUUAUCAAUCACAGCUCCCCUCUAUCCUCUCCCUGUCCGUCUGCUCUCUCUCUCUAACCUCUGAUGUUAAAGUUGGGCCGCUUCUCCUCGGCUGGGACAGUCAGUAGCAGUAGGAGCUGUCUGUAGGUGUCUGUGGUCCAUGUUUGGCUUGUUCCCAAUUCAGUCACAUGUCCACAAGCAGGUAGCUUGUAGCAGUGUCAUCCUACAGUGUCGUACUGUCCUGUAUUUUUGAACUUCCUGUUUUUUGAACUAACGUUGAGAUGUCCUUGGUCUGUUGUGGUUUUGGAUGAUGAUGGUUCGAUUGGAUACGAUGUGUGUCAUCAUCCUCAGUAUUAUCAGUCCCUAUUCUACUGUUAGUCCAUCUGUCUGACCCCUGACCCCUGAACUCUAACCUCUAACGUAACAGGAACUACGAGGCCCGCGGCAGCAGAGGUCAGCCAAAACUGUUCGCCAAAUCCAAGUAUGACUUUGUCGCCAGAAACAGCACAGAGCUGUCGGUGGUGAAGGACGAGGUGGUGGAGGUGAGGAACAGUUUAACAUGAAGGCUCACUGCAACAUGUAACGUCAGUGUAAUACCCCCCGAAUCCUAAAGACUGUUGUUUCAGACCCUGCAUCACAUUUUUAAAAACAUUUUAGUCAUUUUAGCAGACGCUCUUAUCCAGAGCGACUUACAGUUAGUGAGUGCAUACAUUUUUCAUACUGCCCCCCCCCCCGUGGGAAUCAAUAAGUCAAGGGGUAUGAAUACUUUCUGAAGGAAGGUAACCAAUCCUCCCCCUGGUAACCCUGGUCAGGUCCAUCUGCAACAUGUAACAACAUUUACAGUGUUGAAGGUAACCAAUCCUCCCCCUGUUAACCCUGGUCAGGUCCAUCUGCAACAUGUAACAACAUUUUACAGUGUUGAAGGUAACCAAUCCUACCCCUGGUAACCCUGGUCAGGUCCAUCUGCAACAUGUAACAACAUUUACAGUGUUGAAGGUAACCAAUCCUCCCCCUGGUAACCCUGGUCAGGUCCAUCUGCAACAUGUAACAACAUUUACAGUGUUGAAGGUAACCAAUCCUCCCCCUGGUAACCCUGGUCAGGUCCAUCUGCAACAUGUAACAACAUUACAGUGUUGAAGGUAACCAAUCCUCCCCCUGGUAACCCUGGUCAGGUCCAUCUGCAACAUGUAAACAACAUUUACAGUGUUGAAGGUAACCAAUCCUCCCCCUGUUAACCCUGGUCAGGUCCAUCUGCAACAUGUAACAACAUUUACAGUGUUGAAGGUAACCAAUCCUCCCCCUGGUAAACCUGGUCAGGUCCAUCUGCAACAUGUAACAACAUUUACAGUGUUGAAGGUAACCAAUCCUCCCCCUGGUAACCCUGGUCAGGUCCAUCUGCAACAUGUAACAACAUUUACAGUGUUGAAGGUAACCAAUCCUCCCCCUGGUAACCCUGGUCAGGUCCAUCUGCAACAUGUAACAACAUUUACAGUGUUGAAGGUAACCAAUCCUCCCCCUGGUAACCCUGGUCAGGUCCAUCUGCAACAUGUAACAACAUUUACAGUGUUGAAGGUAACCAAUCCUCCCCCUGGUAACCCUGGUCAGGUCCAUCUGCAACAUGUAACAACAUUUACAGUGUUGAAGGUAACCAAUCCUCCCCCUGGUAACCCUGGUCAGGUCCAUCUGCAACAUGUAACAACAUUUACAGUGUUGAAGGUAACCAAUCCUCCCCCUGGUAACCCUGGUCAGGUCCAUCUGCAACAUGUAACAACAUUUACAGUGUUGAAGGUAACCAAUCCUCCCCCUGGUAACCCUGGUCAGGUCCAUCUGCAACAUGUAACAACAUUUACAGUGUUGAAGAUAACCAAUCCUCCCCCUGGUAACCCUGGUCAGGUCCAUCUGCAACAUGUAACAACAUUUACAGUGUUGAAGGUAACCAAUCCUCCUCCUGUUAACCCUGGUCAGGUGCUGGAUGACAGGAAGCAGUGGUGGAAGGUUGGUAACUGUGCCGGGGCGUCUGGCUACGUGCCAAACAACAUCCUGGAGGUCACCAAGGCUGUGGACGUCACGGUGCGGGGGGAGCCCAUCUAUAGCCAUACUAUACAGGUAAGUCCCUGGGGUGUCUCAGAAUAAGGUAUUGGUAUUCUCAGCAUUUUUGUGUUAAUAUUAGUCCUAUUGAUAGGGUAAAGCUAUAAGGCUCUCUACCUCUCCCCUACAUGUUCACCAGUCCUAUUGAUAGGGUAAAGCUAUAAGGCUCUCCACCUCUCCCCUACAUGUUCACCAGUCCUAUUGAUAGGGUAAAGCUAUAAGGCUCUCCACCUCUCCCCUACAUGUUCACCAGUCCUAUUGAUAAGGUAAAGCUAUAAGGCUCUCCACCUCUCCCCUACAUGUUCACCAGUCCUAUUGAUAGGGUAAAGCUAUAAGGCUCUCCACCUCUCCCCUACAUGUUCACCAGUCCUAUUGAUAGGGUAAAGCAUCUCAUCAGCCAGCCAUUACAUCAUGAUCCCAUUCAUACAGCUCAUAUUCAUACGUCUGACUGACUGACUGACUGACUGACUGUCUAACUGACUGACUGACUGACUGACUGACUGACUGACUGACUGACUGACUGACUGACUGACUGACUGACCUGUGACUGACUGACUGACUGACUGUCUGACUGACUGACUGACUGUCUGUCUGUCUGUCUGUCUGUCUGUCUAUCUGACUGUCUGACUGUCUGUCUGUCUGGCUGGCUGUCUGUCUGUCUGUCUGUCUGUCUGGCUGUCUGUCUGUCUGUCUGGCUGUCUGUCUGUCUAUGUGUCUCCAUUCCACCUGCUCCUCUUUGUCUUCCACAUAAAGCUGAUGAUGCCAAAGAAGGAGUUUGAGUUGUUCAAGGUAGGGUUGUUUGGACCAGAGUCGUACUGUAUAUAGCUAAAGUAGAGCUGUAUAUAUUGGACCAGAGUCAUACUGUAUAUAGCUAAAGUAGAGCUGUAUAUAUAUGGUUCUUAGAAUGUCUCUGUGUGCUGAGUGCCUCUAGUGCAGGGAUGGGCAACUUAAAUAUCAACUUAUGUUGAGGGUGCCGCUGUGGGCCGCGGGUCUGCUUACCCACACCCAUACCCACCGCUGUGGCCUGAAAUUUAGUUUUAGAGGUAAUUUCAUGCAAUUCUACACAUUUUGCCAUGGGGGCGGGGAGAGUAAUGUUGGCAGUUUUUAAUAUGAUAUCUGAGUGAGAGUGACUAACAAAAUCAAUGGGGGACCCCCUUUUCUGUAAUUCGACCAUGAUUACUACAAGUUUACAUAGCGGGCUAGACUAAUUUACCAAUCUAAAAAUGUUCUGCUGCCAUGGGGCUAAUUGAGUGACUGUCAGUGACUGACAUAACAACAGAAGAACUGCUGACUCACAACCACAUUUCAAAAUGGCACCUUGUGCGUUCUACUAUUGUAACUGGCAUCAGUAAGCUGAGACCCUGACUGAGUUCCCAAGGACCUGCAUCCCUGCCUCUAGCCUAGCUAGCGACCCUGACUGAGUUCCCAAGGACCUGCAUCCCUGCUGUAGUGUUUCAGUUUCACCUCUAGACUAGCCAGCGGAGUGACCUGGCUCCCUUCCAUGUUAAAACUCCAGAAACCCUCCCUCUAUGUCCUCCUCCCUUUUAACUGUGGUUUCAUCUUAACCACGUUACACCGCCUUGUCAAUGUGCUGUGGUUUCAUCUUAACACCGUUACACCUGGGUUUCAUCUUAACACCACCUUGUCAAUGUGCUGUGGUUCAUCUAAAAACACGUUACAACAAACCAAGUGCGAGUGCUGCGUUUCAUCUAACACCGUUACACCGCCUUGUCGAUGUGCUGUGUUUUCAUCUUAACACCGCCUUUUCAAAGUGCUGUGGUUUCAUCUUAACACCGUUACACCGCCUUGUCAAUGUGCUGUGGUUUCAUCUUAACACCGCCUUGUCAAUGUGCUGUGGUUUCAUCUUAACACCGCCUUGUCAAUGUGCUGUGGUUCAUCUUAACACCGCCUUGUCAAUGUGCUGUGGUUUCAUCUUAACACCGUUACACCGCCUUGUCAAUGUGCUGUGGUUUCAUCUUAACGCUUGCAUCCGUUACUAACACCCCUUGUCAUGUGCUGUGGUUUCAUCUUAACACCGCCUUGUCAAUGUGCUGUGGUUUCAUCUUAACACCGUUACACCGCCUUGUCAAUGUGCUGUGGUUUCAUCUUAACACCGCCUUGUCAAUGUGCUGUGGUUUCAUCUUAACACCGUUACACCGCCUUGUCAAUGUGCUGUGGUUUCAUCUUAACACCGCCUUGUCAAUGUGCUGUGGUUUCAUCUUAACACCGCCUUGUCAAUGUGCUGUGGUGUCAUCUUAACACCGUUACACCGCCUUGUCAAUGUGCUGUGGUUUCAUCUUAACACCGCCUUGUCAAUGUGCUGUGGUUUCAUCUUACACACCUGUCAAUGUGCUGUGUUCAUCUUAACACCGCCUUGUCAAUGUGCUGUGGUUUCAUCUUAACACCCCUUGUCAAUGUGCUGUGGUUUCAUCUUAACACGUCACUUGUCAAUGUGCUGUGGUUUCAUCUUAACACACCGCCUUGUCAAUGUGCUGUGGUUUCAUCUUAACACCGACGCCUUGUCAAUGUGCUGUGGUUUCAUCUUAACACCGCCUUGUCAAUGUGCUGUGGUUUCAUCUUAAACACCAGCCUUGUCAAUGUGCUGUGGUUCAUCUUAACACCCCUUGUCAAUGUGCUGUGGUUUCAUCUUACACACACCGCCUUGUCAAUGUGCUGUGGUUUCAUCUUAACACCACACGCCUUGUCAAUGUGCUGUGGUUUCAUCUUAACACACACCGCCUUGUCAAUGUGCUGUGGUUUCAUCUUAACACACGUUAAACAACCGCCUUGUCAAUGUGCUGUGGUUUCAUCUUAAACGUACACGCCUUGUCAAUGUGCUGUGGUUUCAUCUUAACACCGCCUUAAAAGUUCAAGCGUGUAUCAUCACUAACACCCUUGUCAAUGUGCUGUGGUUUCAUCUUAACACACGCCUUGUCAAUGUGCUGUGGUUUCAUCUUAAACACCGCCUUGUCAAUGUGCUGUGGUUUCAUCUUAACACCGCCUUGUCAAUGUGCUGUGGUUCAUCUUAACACCACCGCCUUGUCAAUGUGCUGUGGUUUUCAUCUUAACACCGAACCGCUUGUCAAUGUGCUGUGGUUUCAUCUUAACCUACACGCUAAGCUUAACUACACCGCUUGUCAUGUGCUGUGGUUUCUUAACACGUUACACCGCCUUGUCAAUGUGCUGUGGUUUCAUCUUACACACGCCUUGUCAAUGUGCGUGGUUUCAUCUUAACACCGCCUUGUCAAUGUGCUGUGGUUUCAUUCUUAACACCGCCCUUGGUCAAUGUGCUGUGGUUUCAUCUUAAACCGUUACAACCGCCUUGUCAAUGUGCUGUGGUUUCAUCUUAACACCCACUUGUCAAUGUGCUGUGGUUUCAUCUUAAACACCGUUACAACCGCCUUGUCAAUGUGCUGUGGUUUCAUCUUAACACCCCUUGUCAAUGUGCUGUGGUUUCAUCUUAACACCGUUACAACGCCUUGUCAAUGUGCUGUGGUUUCAUCUUAACACCACCUUGUCAAUGUUGCUGUGGUUUCAUCUUAACCACCGUUACACCGCCUUGUCAAUGUGCUGUGGUUUCAUCUUAACCACCGCCUUGUCAAUGUGCUGUGGUUCAUCUUAACAACGUUACACCGCCUGUCAAUGUGCUGUGGUUUCAUCUUAACACACGCUUGUCAAUGUGCUGUGGUUUCAUCUUAACACCGCCUUGUCAAUGUGCUGUGGUUUCAUCUUAACACCGUUACACCGCCUUGUCAAUGUGCUGUGGUUUCAUCUUAACACCGACCUUGUCAAUGUGCUGUGGUUUCAUCUUAACACCGCCUUGUCAAUGUGCUGUGGUUUCAUCAAACUUAACACCGCCUUGUCAAUGUGCUGUGGUUUCAUCUUAACACCACGCCUUGUCAAUGUGCUGUGGUUUCAUCUUAACACUACACCGCCUUGUCAAUGUGCUGUGGUUUCAUCUUAACACACACUUGUCAAGUGUGUGGUUUCACUUAACCACUACACCGCCUUGUCAAUGUGCUGUGGUUUCAUCUUAACACCCUUGUCAAUGUGCUGUGGUUUCAUCUUAACACACGCCUUGUCAAUGUGCUGUGGUUUCAUCUUAACACCGCCUUGUCAAUGUGCUGUGGUUUCAUCUUAACCACGUUACACCGCCUUGUCAAUGUGCUGUGGUUUCAUCUUAACACCGCCUUGUCAAUGUGCUGUGGUUUCAUCUUAACACUUACACCGCCUUGUCAAUGUGCUGUGGUUUCAUCUUAAACCACCUUGUCAAUGGCUGUGGUUCAUUUAAACACCGCCUUGUCAAUGUGCUGUGGUUUCAUCUUAACACCCCUUGUCAAUGUGCUGUGGUUUCAUCUUAACACCGCCUUGUCAAUGUGCUGUGGUUUCAUCUUAACACCGCCUUGUCAAUGUGCUGUGGUUUCAUCUUAACACCACCUUGUCAAUGUGCUGUGGUUUCAUCUUAACACCACCUUGUCAAUGUGCUGUGGUUUCAUCUUAACACCGCCUUGUCAAUGUGCUGUGGUUUCAUCUUAACACCGCCUUGUCAAUGUGCUGUGGUUUCAUCUUAACACCGCCUUGUCAAUGUGCUGUGGUUUCAUCUUAACACCGUUACACCGCCUUGUCAAUGUGCUGUGGUUUCAUCUUAACACCACCUUGUCAAUGUGCUGUGGUUUCAUCUUAACACGCUUGUCAAUGUGCUGUGGUUCAUCUUAACCGCCUUGUCAAUGUGCUGUGGUUCAUCUUAACACACCGCCUUGUCAAUGUGCUGUGGUUUCAUCUUAACACCGUUACACGCCUUGUCAAGUGCUGUGGUUUCAUCUAACUACCAGAACCGCCUUGCAAUGUGCUGUGGUUUCAUCUUAACACCCCUUGUCAAUGUGCUGUGGUUUCAUCUUAAAACACCGCCUUGUCAAUGUGCUGUGGUUAUCAUCUAAACACCCGCCUUGUCAAUGUGCUGUGGUUUCAUCUUACACACCGCCUUGUCAAUGUGCUGUGGUUCAUCUUAACACUUACCGCCUUGUCAAUGUGCUGUGGUUUCAUCUUAACACCACCUUGUCAAUGUGCUGUGGUUUCAUCUUAACACCGCCUUGUCAAUGUGCUGUGGUUUCAUCUUAACACACCGCCUUGUCAAUGUGCUGUGGUUUCAUCUUAACACCGUUACACCGCCUUGUCAAUGUGCUGUGGUUUCAUCUUAACACCGCCUUGUCAAUGUGCUGUGGUUUCAUCUUAACACCGCCUUGUCAAUGUGCUGUGGUUUCAUCUUAACACCGCCUUGUCAAUGUGCUGUGGUUUCAUCUUAACACCGUUACACCCUUGUCAAUGUGCUGUGGUUUCAUCUUAACACCGACCUUGUCAAUGUGCUGUGGUUCAUCUUAACACACCGCCUUGUCAAUGUGCUGUGGUUUCAUCUUAACACCCCUUGUCAAUGUGCUGUGGUUCAUCUUAACACCGCCUUGUCAAUGUGCUGUGUGUUUCAUCUUAACACCACCUUGUCAUGUGGUGGUUUCAUCUAACACCCUACACCGCCUUGUCAAUGUGCUGUCGUUUCAUCUUAACACCGCCUUGUCAAUGUGCUGUGGUUUCAUCUUAACACCACCUUGUCAAUGUGCUGUGGUUUCAUCUUAAACACCGCCUUGUCAAUGUGCUGUGGUUUCAUCUUAACACCAACCGCCUUGUCAAUGUGCUGUGGUUAUUCACUUACACCGCUUGUCAAUGUGCUGUGGUUUCAUCUUACACCACCCUUGUCAAUGUGCUGUCGUUUCAUCUUAACACCGCCUUGUCAAUGUGCUGUGGUUUCAUCUUAACACCGCCUUGUCAAUGUGCUGUGGUUUAUCUUAACACCGCCUUUCAAUGUGCUUGGUUUCAUCUUAACACGUACACCGCCUUGUCAAUGUGCUGUGGUUUCAUCUUAACACCGCCUUGUCAAUGUGCUGUGGUUUCAUCUUACUUACACACCUUGUCAAUGUGCUGUGGUUUCAUCUAACACCGCCUUGUCAAUGUGCUGUGGUUUCAUCUUAACACCAGCCUUGUCAAUGUGCUGUGGUUUCAUCUUAACACCCGCCUUGUCAAUGUGCUGUGGUUUCAUCUGUACACGCCUUCAUGCUGUGGUUCAUCUUAACACCGCCUUGUCAAUGUGCUGUGGUUUCAUCUUAACACACCUUGUCAGUGCGUGGUUCACAACAACACGCCUUUCAAUUGCUGUGUUUCCUUAACACCACCGCCUUGUCAAUGUGCUGUGUUUCCCCUUCCGUUACACACGCCUUGUCAAUGUGCUGUGGUUUAUCUUACAACACCACCGUUGUCAAGUGCUGUGGUUCACUAAACCGCCUUGUCAAUGUGCUGUGGUUUCAUCUUAACACUCACCGCCUUGUCAAUGUGCGUGGUUCAUCUAACGAACGCUUGUAAUGACUGUGGUUUCACUUAACUCCCGCCUUGUCAUGUCUGGGUUUUCAUUUACCCCCUUGUCAGAUGUGUUGGACUUUCAUCUUAAUACACCAGCCUGUCAAGCUGUGGUUUCAUCUAACCACACGCCUGUCAAUGUGCUGUGAUAUUAACGAAGGCCAGUGUCAAUGGCAUGGUACACUUAACCACCGCUUCAUAUGGGUUGUUUUUCAUCUUAACAGCGUUUCCAAACAACAAAACAACGCCCAACGUGUUUCAUCUUAACACCACGCCUUGUCAAUGUGCAGUGUUCAUCUAACACUCUUGUAAUUUGGUUUCUACACCACCGCCGCUUUUCCUAAAACACCGCCUCAAGGCGGUUCAUCCUACACCCAUUGCAGACCGUACUAUCCCCUGUCAAUGGCUAGGUCGGCUUGUAGUCCAAGCAGGUGACAUGUGGUGGGUUACAAGUCAAUGUAAUAGAUGGGUUUCUUGUGUCCUGUAGUUUGACGUCGUUACUUUCUGCGUAUGAAUGGGUAGGGGUUAGGACGAUUAUCAGGUCGUUUGGGUGGAGGACUGUUUUUCCAGGAGAGUCCAGAAGCAUGAGUUCGCCUUGGGUGAAGCGCCAACCAGAAGUUGCCGUCCUCGCAGGCUCCCUCCCACCUACAUAAUACAUCUGGUUCACUUAACACCAGACCUUGUCAAUGUGCUGUGGUUUCAUCUUAACACCGCCUUGUCAAUGUGCUGUGGUUUCAUCUUAACACCACCUUGUCAAUGUGCUGUGGUUUCAUCUUAACACCGCCUUGUCAAUGUGCUGUGACUUUUUAACAGAAGAGUUUCUCCCAGUGGGGUAAACAGAAACAUUGGUUAUCAGAUUGAAAUCCCCUGUCUUAAAAUAAGAUGAGGUUUCUUGUCAGUUGUCUUUGAACCUGAGUGAGUUUGGCAAACUACAGUAAAACACUCUCACAACCAUGUUUUAUUUCCAUUUCCUCAUGCAAGCAAUUACUGGGAGAGUUGAACGAGGUAACUAUAAGCAACAUCUGCUUCAUAUUAAUACAGUGUAUGGAUUCUGUUGGUAAUGUUUGUAGGAUCUGUUCUGAGUUCACCACUACAGUCUCCGCUUCUCUUCUCCUCCUCAGAAACAGCGGACAGACCACGUCCCCAAACCCACGCGACCCCCAUGCCCCCUAUCCCUACACCCCCCCCUCUUGCCCCGGCACGUCUCCCCACCCCUCCCCUGCCUCCCCCUGCCUCCCCCCCCCGCCCCCCUCCCAGCACGGUGAGUAGACAGAGCAGCAACACCUCCAGCGACGCCGGAAGCAUCCAAGGCAGCGUCACCAUGAGAGACCACCCAAACCAGAGACCCCCGCCAGUCAACCGUAAGUCACACCUGUCUUCAUGUAACUUUAAGGGAAGGUGCUGGUUGUCUAUGUACUGUAAUGUUUCCUGGUGACCUCAUGGCUGUUGUUGGGUGUCUGUUUUCCCGGACAGAGGGUUGUAGACUCCGAUGAUGUCAUACUGUGUCUCAGGGCAAAGGGGUCUGUCUUUACUGUAAUGUUUACUUCCUGGUGGCUGAUGGUGGGCGGGGUUAAUAUCAGGAGUUGGGAUUUAGGGUUAGGGUUCAGGGGAUGGGGCUAGGUGUUAUGGGUAAUGUUGUGUCCUGUAGGGAGGAAGUCCAACAUGGAGGAGGUUCAGGAUGAGUUGAUGCACCGCCUCACGUUGGGUCGAAGCGCCAACAAGAAGUUUGCCGUUCCUCCUCGCAGCGCCUCCCUCCCGUCCGUCAACAUCACAUACGACUCCUCCCCUGACGAGGUCAAGGCCUGGCUGCAGCUGAAGGGAUUCAGCUCUGUGUACGUAAUCUAAAUAUAUAUACAGUAUAAUCUAUAUAUCUAUAUGAUAAUACACUGUAUAGUACUGAUAUCUCCUCUCCUGAUGUAGUCCCCUGUAGCUCAGUUGGUAGAGCGUGGCGCUUGCAACGCCAGGGUUGUGGGUUCGAUUCCCACGGGGGGGGCAGUAUGAAAGAUGUAUGCACUCACUAACUAACUGUAAGUCGCUCUGGAUGAGAGAGCGUCUGCUAAAUGACUCCAAUGUAAGGCCUGGCUACAGCUGAAGGGAUUCAACUCGUUGUAAGUCACACUGGACAUAUAGAAAUAUGAGUUAAAUCUUGACUAUGUGGAGUUGACUGCUGGUGUCCCACCAAGGUUCUGUUCUGGGUCCUGUACUUUUCACUACUUAAAAUGAAUGAGCUCAACUCUGGUGUGUCUUUAUGCUGAUGUCUAUUUCUAUGGUGACGAGGACACCGUGCUCCUGUGCUGCUACCCGUCUCUACAGUACCAUCACCAGUCUGGGAGUGUUAACCGGAGCCCAGCUGUUCUCUCUGAAUAAGGAAGAGCUGAAGACGGUGUGUCCAGACGACGGGGCCAGGGUCUUCAGUCAGGUGACCGUCCAGAAGGCUGCUCUGGAGGUGGGUAGUGCUUCUCCUCUUAUUAACCCUGAUAAUGCUGACACCGAGCCGGCUAACCCUGCCAGCUAGCUGAUAAACACCGAGCCGGCUAACCCUGCCAGCUAGCUGAUAAACACCGAGCCGGCUAACCCUGCCAGCUAGCUAAUAACACCGAGCGGCUAACCCUGCCAGCUAGCUGAUAGACUAACCCGAGAAGCCCGGCUAACCACUGCCAGCUUAGCUGAUAAUAACACCGAGCCGGCUAACCCUGCCAGCUAGCUGAUAACACACUGAGCCGGCUAACCCUGCCAGCUGAGCCGGCUAACCUGCCAGCUAGCUGAUAAACACCGAGCCGGCUAACACCCUGCCAGCUAGCUGAUAAACACCGAGCCGGCUAACCCUGCCAGCUAGCUGAUAACACCGAGCCGGCUAACCCUGCCAGCUAGCUGAUAAACACCGAGCCGGCUAACCCUGCCAGCUAGCUGAUAGACACCGAGCCGGCUAACCCUGCCAGCUAGCUGAUAAACACCGAGCCGGCUAACCCUGCCAGCUAGCUGAAUAGACACCGAGCCGGCUAAACCCUGCCAGCUAGCUGAUAACACCGAGCCGGCUAACCCUGCCAGCUAGCUGAUAAACACCCGGCUAACCCUGCCAGCUAGCGAUAACACCGAGCGCUGAAACCCCCGCUAGCGAUAGACCACGAGCCGGCUAACCCUGCAGCUAGCUGAUAACACUGAUAGACCAGGACUAAAGCUACAGUAGCUAGCUGAUACCACUGAUAGACAGGACUAAGCUACAGUAAACUAGCUGAUAACAGCAGCUCGCUGAUAAAAACACGUAGACCCUUGACCUAAAGCUACAGCAGCUAGCUGAUAAACACUGAUUAACCCGGGCUAAAGCUACAGUAGCUAGGCUGAUAAACACUGAUAGUACCAGGCCUAAAGCUACAGCAGCUAGCUGAUAACCACUGAUAGACCAGGACUAAAGCUACAGUAGCUAGCUGAUAAACACUGAUUAGACCCGGACUAAGCUACAGCAGGCUAGCUGAUAAACACUGAUUAGACCAGGGCUAAGCGUACAGCAGCUAGCUGAUAAAACACUGAUUAGACCAGGACCUAAAGCUACCAGCAGCUAGCUGAUAAAACACUGAUAGACCAGGGCUAAAGCUACCAGUAGCUUAGCUGAUAACCACUGAUAGACCAGGGCUAACUCUAAAGCAGCUAGCUGAUAACCACUGUAUAGUACCAGGACUAAAGCUACAGCCUAGCUGAUAACCACCCUGAUAGACCAGGACUAAAUGCCCAGUCUAGCUGGAUCAACCAUAUUUUUUUUUAGACCAGGCUAAAGAGCUACAGCAGCUAUGCUGAUAAACACUGAGUGACCAGGGCUAAAGCUACAGUAGUAGCUAGCUGAUAAACACUGAUAGACCAGGGCUAAAGCUACAGCAGCUAGCUGAUAAACACUGAUAGACCAGGGCUAAAGCUACAGUAGCUAGCUGAUAACCACUGAUAGACCAGGACUAAAGCUACAGCAGCUAGCUGAUAAACACUGUUAGACCAGGACUAAAGCUACAGCAGCUAGCUGAUAAACACUGAUAGACCAGGACUAAAGCUACAACAGCUAGCUGCAUCAAGGCAGAGUGCAGGGUUAAACCUGAACGAAAGGCAGCCAGUCGCUAAAGUGUUUAGCUAUCCAAAGUCCAGACUGUGUUGAAAAGUCCACUUGUGCUAAAUGUUUGUACCCAGUGUUGCAUUGUGGCUAGUGUAGUUCAGGGGAUUCUACUGGCUGGGUGUCUGCUUUAGUGAAUCUCUUCUUCUGAAUGUGUUUGAUGUAAUCAUAGAACCCUGAAUCUCUUCUUCUGAAUGUGUUUGAUGUAAUCAUAGAACCCUGAAUCUCUUCUUCUGAAUGUGUUUGAUGUAAUCAUAGAACCCUGAAUAUCUUCUACUGAAUGUGUUUGAUAUAAUCACAGAACCCUGAAUCUCUUCCACUGAAUGUGUUUGAUAUAAUCAACGAACCCUGAAUCUCUUCUUCUGAAUGUGUUUGAUAUAAUCAACGAACCCUGAAUCUCUUCCACUGAAUGUGUUUGAUAUAAUCACAGAACCCUGAAUCUCUUCUUCUGAAUGUGUUUGAUAUAAUCAACGAACCCUGAAUCUCUUCUACUGAAUGUGUUUGAUGUAAUCACAGAACCCUGAAUCUCUUCUUCUGAAUGUGUUUGAUGUAAUCAUAGAACCCUGAAUCUCUUCUUCUGAAUGUGUUUGAUGUAAUCAUAGAACCCUGAAUAUCUUCUACUGAAUGUGUUUGAUAUAAUCACAGAACCCUGAAUCUCUUCUUCUGAAUGUGUUCGAUGUAAUCACAGAACCCUGAAUCUCUUCUACUGAAUGUGUUUGAUGUAAUCACAGAACCCUGAAUCUCUUCUUCUGAAUGUGUUUGAUGUAAUCACAGAACCCUGAAUAUCUUCUACUGAACGUGUUUGAUGUAAUCACAGUACCUGUAAACACCUGUAUGCACCUGCAAACACCUGUAUAUACAUGUAAACACCUGUAUGCACCUGUAUGUACCUGCAAACACCUGUAUGUACCUGCAAACACCUGUAUGUACCUGUAAACACCUGUAUGUACCUGUAAACACCUGUAUGUACCUGUAAACACCUGUAUGUACCUGUAAACACCUGUAUGCACCUGUAUGUACCUGUAAACACCUGCAUUACAUUUUACAUUUUCGUCAUUUAGCAGACGCUCUUAUCCAGAGCAACUUACAAAUUGGUGCAUUCACCUUAUCAUAGCCAGUGGGAUAACCACUUUACAAUAUUUUUUUUUUUUUUUGGGUGGGGUAAGGGGGGGGUAGAAGGAUUACUUUAUCCUAUCCCAGGUAUUCCUUAAAGAGGUAUUCAGACACAUUGUUACGUUACAGCCUUAUUCUAAAAUUGAUUAAAUUAAUGUUUUUCCUCAUCAAUCUACACACAACACCCCAUAAUGACAAAGUGAAAACAGGUUUUUAGAAAUGUUUGCUAAUUUAUUAAAAAUAAAAAACAGAAAUACCUUAUUUACAUAAGUAUUCAGACCCUUUGCUAUGAGACUCGAAAUUGAGCUCAGAUGUAUCCAUCAUCCUUGAUGUUUCUACAACUUGAUUGGAGUCCACCUGUGGUAAAUUCAAUUGAUUGGACAUGAUUUGGAAAGGCACACACCUUCUAUAUAAGGUCCCACAGUUGACAGUUUAUGUCAAUGCAAAAACCAAGUCUUGAGGUCGAAGGAAUUGUCCGUAGAGCUCAGAGACAGGAUUGUGUCGAGGCACAGAUCUGGGGAAGGGUACCAAAACAUUUCUGCAGCAUUGAAGGUCCCCAAGAACACAGUGGCUUCCAUCAUUCUUAAAUGGAAGAAGUUUGGAACCACCAAGACUCUUCCUAGAGCUGGCCGCCCGGCCAAACUGAGCAAUCGGGGGAGAAGGGCCUUGGUUAGGGAGGUGACCAAGAACCCGAUGGUCACUCUGACAGAGCUCCAGAGUUCCUCUGUGGAGAUGGGUGAAACUUCCAGAAGGACAACCAUCUCUGCAGCACUCCACCAAUCAGGCCUUUAUGGUAGAGUGGCCAGACGGAAGUCAGUAAAAGGCACAUGACAGCCCACUUGGAGUUUGCCAAAAGGCACCUAAAGACUCUCAGACCAUGAGAAACAAGAUUCUCUGGUCUGAUGAAACCAAGAUUGAACUCUUUGACCUGAAUGCCAAGCGUCACGUCUGGAGGAAACCUGGCACCAUCCCUACGGUGAAGCAUGGUGGUGGCAGCAUCAUGCUGUGGGGAUGUUUUUCAGCGGCAGGGACUGGGAGACUAGUCAGGAUCGAGGGAAAGAUGAACGGAGCAAAGUACAGAGAGAUCCUUGAUGAAAACCUUCUCCAAAGCGCUCAGGACCUCAGACUGGGGCAAAGGUUCACCUUCCAACAGGACAACGACCCUAAACACACAGCCAAGACAACGCAGGAGUGGCUUCGGGACAAGUCUCUGAAUGUCCUUGAGUGACCCAGCCAGAGCCGGGACUUGAACCUGAUUGAACAUCUCUGGAGAGACCUGAAAAUAGCUGUGCAGCGACGCUCCCAAUCCAACCUGACAGAGCCUGAGAGGAUCAGCAGAGAAGAAUGGGAGAAACUCCCCAAAUACAGGUGUGCCAAGCUUGUAGCGUCAUACCCAAGAAGACUCGAGGCUGUAAUCGCUUCCAAAGGUGCUUCAAUAAAGUGUUGAGUAAAUGGUCUGAAUACUUAUGUAAAAGUGAUAUUUCAGUUUUUUGUAUUAUACAUUUGCAAAAAAAUUAUAAAAACCUGUGUGCUUUGUCAUUAUGGGGUAUUGUGUGUAGAUUGAUGAGGAAAAGUAAUGGGGUCUGAAUACUUUCCAAAUGCACUGUACAUACAGGUGUUUGCAGGUACAUACAGGUGUUUACAGGUACAUACAGGUACAUACAGGUGUUUACAGGUACAUACAGGUACAUACAGGUACAUACAGGUGUUUACAGGUACAUACAGGUACAUACAGGUACAUACAGGUGUUUACAGGUACAUACAGGUACAUACAGGUGUUUACAGGUACAUACAGGUGUUUACAGGUACAUACAGGUACAUACAGGUGUUUACAGGUACAUACAGGUGUUUACAGGUACAUACAGGUACAUACAGGUGUUUACAGGUACAUACAGGUGUUUACAGGUACAUACAGGUGUUUACAGGUACAUACAGGUGUUUACAGGUACAUACAGGUACAUACAGGUACAUACAGGUGUUUACAGGUACAUACAGGUACAUACAGGGUGUUUAACAGGUCAUACGGUAAAUACGGUGUGACCGGUACCUACAGGUACAUACAGGUGGUUUUACAGGUACAUACAUGGUACAUACAGGUACAUACCAGGUGUUUACAAGGGUAACAUACAGGAUGACAGUCAAGGUUACAUACAGGGGUUUGCAGGUACAUACAGGUGUUUACAGGUACAUACAGGUACAUACAUGUGUUUACAGGUGUUUACAGGUACAUACAGGUGUUUACAGGUACAUACAGGUAUUUACAGGUACAUACAGGUACAUACAGGUGUUUACAGGUACAUACAGGUGUUUACAGGUACAUACAGGUACAUACAGGUGUUUACAGGUACAUACAGGUACAUACAAGUGUUUACAGGGGUACUUGCAGUCUACAUGCUAUUUAAAGCUCUGGCAAGGGGUGGUUUCUGUCUGGUCUCUGUCCUCCUGCAGGUCUUCUUCUGACCACUGAAGUCUUCAGACUCUAAACUCUCACUAAGGUAUUGUUCCACUAGAGAGGUUGUUCUAGGCUCUACUCUGUUGGCCAGCUUCUUGUAGUCACUGCUCUCUUCUGUUCAGGACUUCUCCUUACCUGUCUCGCUACGCUAACACACCUCACCGAUCUGUGUUCUAUUGAAACACCACUUCACUGCUCAACUUAGACAAUCCAGUGUGCAGGUCAAGAUAACAUACAGUAUGUAUUGUAUCAACUGCACACAUUGAAAAAACAGUCUGAAGUUUGGUUCAGCAUUUUUCUCAUACUUCAAUAAGUAUGAUAACAGGUAGUUUUUCUAAAUGUUGUGAAGCUGGCCAGCAGAUGGAUGCUAAAAACCUAGAUGUGUAGCUUUAGAAUUCCCCCUCCUAGAGACCCACCAUGGCUUUAAGAACCCACCAGCUGGUCUCCUCCUGGCUGGAAAUGUUCCCAUGCCUCACCUCACCUCGUAGCUCAGCCUGCACUAGAUAUGGGAGACAUAGGAACAUACCUGACCUACAGACUGAACCAAACCCCUCUACCAGUUAUCAUUCUCCACGACCACAUCACUACUAGACUGAACCAAACCCCUCUACCAGUUAUCAUUCUCCACGACCACAUCACUACUAGACUGAACCAAACCCCUCUACCAGUUAUCAUUCUCCACGACCACAUCACUACUAGACUGAACCAAACCCCUCUACCAGUUAUCAUUCUCCACGACCACAUCACUACUAGACUGAACCAAACCCCUCUACCAGUUAUCAUUCUCCACGACCACAUCACUACUAGACUGAACCAAACCCCUCUACCAGUUAUCAUUCUCCACGACCACAUCACUACUAGACCCAAACCCCUCUACCAGUUAUCAUUCUCCACGACCACAUCACUACUAGACUGAACCAAACCCCUCUACCAGUUAUCAUUCUCCAUGACCACAUCACUACUAGACCCAAACCCCUCUACCAGUUAUCAUUCUCCACGACCACAUCACUACUAGACUGAACCAAACCCAAGGCCAAGGGUCAUUUUAACCCUUAGCUGGCAUAUCAACUAGAUUUCAGGUGUGUUUCUUCCAUACCUACAGGAUAUUUCUGCUGUGGAAGUGUAGGACAUAGUAUACACUGUACCACUGUAGAUUACAGCUGUGUGGAACUAAGGGAACUACAGGUCAGUGUAGAACAGGUUGAGUGGAUCUGCCAAAAGGAAAUGUAGGUAUUUGUGGAUCAGCUCUGAAAACAAAAUGGUUAUUCCAGCGCUGGUCCCGAGAACGAUGUUGUCCGGCUGGUUCUCAGGCUCAGUCUAAAGGUCAGCAGGUCUGCUGGACAAUAUCUCGCUCGGGCCAGAGCUAGCAAAGCCUACCGUCUGACCUGUCACAGGAUUCUCCCACCAGACUGUCAUCUACAUUCAUUUCCUAACAGAAAGAGUUUCUCUGUAGCUGCCCAGCUGGUGAUCCUCUCCUCUGACCGCUCAGUUCUCUAAUGGAUUCGUAGAGUUAUAAACACUAGAAUGGCUUCUACAGUGACCUCAUUACUGUUUUCAACUCUAUGAUUCAGCCCUACUGAGAUGAAUGUGGACAUUAUUUAGUUCCAUAGAAUCCCUCUGUAGGAGACAUCUCUACUGACCUCUACUUUCUUGCUUUAUUUAGGAGGGGGAGAGAGAUCGAGGCGCGCGACGGAGAAGAGAAGAGAGAAGAAUGAGGAGAGAGACUACAUAUCUACUCGAGCUGAAACGAGAGAUAUCGCUAGAUGCUACAUAUAUCUAUCUAGAGAGAGCUUCUAUCUCUGUCUCUCUAUCUCUGCGGAUAGGGUUGUAUAGAUGUCUAUCUGUAUAUCGAUCUCUUAUAUUCGUGAGCGCUAGAGUAUAGCGCAUGAUGAGCUAUCGAAGCGAAUCGCGCGACUCAUCGCUAUUAUAUCUAUAUAUCCUCUAUACUCUUCUCUCCUCUGUCUCUCUCUCUCUCUCUCUAUCUCUCUCUCUCUCUCCUCUCUAUCAUCCAUCCUCUCCUCUCUCUCUCUCUCUCUAUCUCUCUCUCUCUCUCUCUGUCUCUCUGUCUCUCUCUCUCUGUCUCUCGCUCUCUUCUCUCUCUAUCUCUCUCUGUCUCUCUCUCCCUCCAUCCAUCCCUCUCUCUAUCUCUCCCUCCAGAGGAGUUCAGGGUCAGAGCUGCAGGAGAUCAUGCGGCGGCGUCAGGAGAAGCUGUCGCUCACAGCCUGUGACUCAGGGGUGGAGUCAUUCGAUGAGGGCAGCAGCCACUGAACCCUCCAGGCCACACCCACCUGUCUCAUGACCAGGCCCCUUUAUGUUGUCACGGUUUCUGUUUCCAGGACGCCACGGAGCGCGCCCAGUUCGCUGAGAUCAUGAGACGCCGACAGGAGCUUCUGGAGCAGUCACCGUAGAAGGAAAGAAACACUAGACAGACAGACUGAAGCCUUCAACAUGGACUACAGCACACAGAGUUAGCAUCCACACUGUGAUACCUGAUGGGAAGAACUACACUUCAAUCAACUAUUGUCUUUGAUUCAAAUGUAC